UAAACGUUCAGUUAAACAACAAUGUUGGUUUCUUUAAAUUUUUUCAUUUAUGCAUUCAUAAUUUAUUAAAUACAUUAAAACAGUAAUAAAUAACAACAAAACUACAAAAAAUAUUAUUAUUGAUUAUUAUUAAUUGAUUAUUUCAAUGUAUUCAAUACCUAUAGAAAUAUUAUAUCAAAUUUAUAAUCAACUUGAUAUUAAUGAUCUAAAUAAUUGUUCACUUGUUUGUAAACAAUGGCAUGUAUUAAUUAAUGAUAUUUAUUUAUGGUUACCAAAAUGUUAUAAAAAAUUACAAAAAUUUAAUUGGAUUGAUUCAAAUUUAUUGAAUUUAUUAAAAUUAUGUGGAAUCUAUGAUAUAAAUAUAUUGAUUGAAAAAAAUCAAUAAAACAAUAUAAUAAACAAUUACAUAAUAAAUCAGGUUAUUAUAUGAGAAAAUUAUUUUAUUAUUUACAAUUAUUAUCAAAUGAUAAUAAUAAUAAUAAUAAUAAUAGUAAUAAUAAUGAUGUUCAUGUAUAUCAUAAUGAACAUAGUAUAGAUUAUUAUAAAUGUAUUAUGAUUGGUCCUGGUAUAGAUUCAUCAAUUCUUAAUCGUUAUAUUAUUAAACAUAUAUUGAAUUGGUCAAUAAUGGAUCAAUUACCAGAUGAUUUUAUUAUUACUAAUUCUUAUUUAGGUAUAAAAAGUAAUUUAAUUGGAAAAAAUAUAAUGAUACAAUUACCUAAAUUAAAUAAUUAUUCAUUCAAUACAUUAAUUAAAAUGACUUGUAUUAUUCCACAAAAUGGUGAAUUAUUACCGGAUAAAAAUAGAAUAUCUGGUAAAUAUUUACUUAAUAAUGAAGAAAUUGAUUGUAAUAAUGACAAAAUUAAUUUGUUACCAGAGAUUAGUAUUUUAUUAAAAGAUUGUCAUCUUAUAUUAUAUAUACUUGAUAUAAGAAAAUCAAUAAUUGAUGAUUUAGAUUGGGAACAAAUUACUAAAGAAAUUAUAAUAAUAUUGAAUGAUUUAAAUGUUUAUCAAAGUUUAUUGAUUAUUGGAGCAGGUAAUGAAAAUGGUGAGGAGGAAUGUAUCACUCUUGUAGAUCUUAAUUCUACAUUUGACAGUUUAGGAGAACAGAUGAUAUUAAAGAUACCUAAUGCUCAAUGGAGAGUAUGGUUAACAACUUCUAAUGGAAUGGAUUAUGAUAAUUUUGCAAAAAUGAUCAACUGGGGUUUGUACAGAAAUAAUGAUAAUAACAAUACCAAAAUCUAAUUACUUCAACUUCGAAUAAUAAGUUUAAUUAAUAAAUGUUUUAUGCAUCGUUCAUUUCCUUAAAGUUUAAAAGGAAUACUUAGAAUGAUGCUCAUUGUAUAAAAAUAAAUUUCAACAGUUCCAGAAGUUCACAGUAUUAUUGAUAUAUGUGCUGAAAAUAAUUAUUCGUUACCAUGGUUAUUUUACAUGACAAUCUUCUUUUAUCUAAAUUCAUUAUUAUUAAUAUUAUGAAAACUUCUUACUCAGUUUGAUUCAAUCUAUAUUAUCUUUUCAAUACCUUUCUUUUAUGUCAUUAUGCUUCCUGUUUUCUGAUUUACAAUAUUUUUAAAAAGUUAAAACAUAUAACAAAAGUGUGAUUGAAUUGUAACUAUGGAAAUGAAUAAUUAGAUAACUCUCCUUUCAUUAUUUACAAAGAGUUAAUUGAUUAUUCUACAUACAUUGUAAAUUUGAUCAAAUGAAAUAAAAUAAAUGAAAUCUGUUUACAGAA